UCACUCGCCGAGCGGCGGCCUCCGGCGGUGGACGUUCCGCUGGCCUGUCGUGUGCCGCGCACCGCCCAGCUGACCCGCAAGGACGGCAGGAAGGGGCGCCGCUAGCGCUAGCGCAGCGCCACCUCCGGGGGGCGCCCCCACCACACCAACCCCGCAGCGGUGCUCAGUCGCGAGGGAGACGCUCGUCGCGCCGCAUCGUCCUGGAUGAAGACAGACCACACCCGGCUAGGUGAAAGUGCGACCCGUCCCCCAUCCUGUGUUGUUGGUUUUCGCCGAUUUUUCGCUCGAGUGUCGCGACUGCGCGUUCGUCGAGUGUGUUCCAAGGACUCUGGUGGCACACAACGAUAAUGCGACGGCGGAGCACAGCAGGCUGACAUGGAGCUGGAAGGAGCCGGCGCCAGGCGCUACCGGCCGCUGCACAGAACGCCGCCCGAGUACCAGACCGUCAUCAAGUUUCUGCUGAUGGCGAGUAUCCUCGACACGGUGUGGGUGAGUGGCCCGCCGCGCUCGGGAAGCCCGUGCGGACUGGUGGGCGGUGAGGCCGGCGCCCCGGCCGGUCAGCGGCCUGGUCAGCGCCCUGGUCAGCGCCCUGGUCAGCGGCCCUCCCCGGGGACGCCCUCCGGCCCCCCGACUCUGCCGCCUGAGGUUCAGGAGGCUCUCCGCAGGCUCAACAUUUCGGCCGAGGACUGUGCGCGCCGUCCGGACGCACUGCGCAUGACUGGGGUCGCACCGGCUGCCACCCGCGUCCUCAGUGUUCUCUUGUUCAACGCCUUCGUCUUCUGGUCAGACUUUGGCGCCGCCCUCGUUGGGGGCGGCGCGGGUGUCGACAGGAAGAGCAGCCCUACGCCGGCCCCCGGGGCAUGGGUUCCUGCUCCCGACGAGAGCGACAGGACUCCUUGGGCCAGUGAUGUGGCCGUGGAGGCGUGGACGACAGGCUCCACGGCCGCCUUCGGACGGGCGGCCUCCAGCGACUGUGUUUCGGCCACCAUUGAUGCGUGCAGCAGGCCGGCCUCGUGGAGCACCAGCAACAACACCUCUGUGGGGAGGCUGUGCGCGGCCGUGCUGAGGAGCGCUGGCGUGGUCAAGAGCACCACCCCGGAACCAAGCCACGAGAUACAGGACGUGCAGGUGCCGUGGCCGGUGCAGCUGUUUUACAUUGUGAUGCUAGUGGUGAUGAUUGUCGGCAUGCCCUGCUGCCCAGCCGUGUUCGAAAACGCUUGCACCUUUCUCAUGUGCUGAAGGUGAGGGAAGAACUGCUGGUAGGUUGAAGUCCCUCCAUCCCCUUCUUCCUGCAAAUGCCAGUUUUGGUGUGCGUUAUGAAUUCGUGCAUGUAAGGAUCGAGCGGUAGAUAACUCCUGAAUUGCGUGUACAAAUUUCAUAAAUUGAAUUUGAAUUAGCUGUAAUUGAAUUUGAAUUCGACUGAAUUGGUUGCAAUGUUUUUGAAUUAGAGUGUGUACAUUCGCAGGUACACACACGCGUGCAUGCCGGAUGUCUCAUACUCUAUAAAACUGUCACGGAAAAAUAGUGUUCAUAAUAUGAGCGCAACUGUUCGUAUUAUAAAUCUCACGUUUAUAUUGUGAAGAAUUCUGCUGUGCUGUCAUUAUAGUACGAACACAAUUUGUUCAUUGUACGAAUCCUCUCGUUCGUAAUAUACAAUUGAUUUUCGGAUUCGUACGUUAUGAACGGAAAACUGGUUGCUUAGUAAGGUACUGAUCCCAAAAUCGUUCGCAAUAAGCACGAGAAGCUUCAUAUUACGAACGCGAGGAUUCUUAAUACGAACGUGUUGUGUUCGUAUUAUGACAGCACGCAAAUUUGUCAUAUUAUGAACAUGACGUUCAUGAUACGAACAAUGUCCACACUAAACCCUUAUGCAUUUUGCUGUGCAUAAACUUGCAGAAUUUUACACAGCUGUAAGUAUGCACAAAAUUUUAUGCGGAAUUGUGUACAAAAUGUGCAUAAUCAUGCACACGCUGUACAUAGUUAUGCAUAAAAUUUUGCUUGAUAUUAUGGCUGUAUGAAAUUCUGCAAGUUUUAUGCACAACAAAGUGCAUAAGGAUUUAGUGUGUCGUUCGUAAGAUUUUAAGGGUGUAGGCCCUGUACUACUUGAUUUGUUUGUAUUACUGUACGGCAUGGAGACGUGGGAGCCUGGACUGGUUCCUUUUUCCGGAUUCCCUAUCGGGAAAUUUACUCAUAGUGCCAGUGUGCAGCUAAUGGCAAAGUAAGCAAAACAUUUUACGGGCGACCUAUGUGACAACUCUGUCGAUCCAAAUAAGCACAUUGUCUACUUUAAAUAAAGUUUACAUGGCAAGUUUUCAUUUAUUAAAGUCCAUGUACACUUUAUUUAAAGUACAAAAUGUACACAUUUGAAUCGACAGAAACUCUGUAUACCGUUCAAGGUAUGAGUCUACGUUUGUACCUGAAAAUGUACACACUAAAAUCUCUUGAACUUACAGAAUACUGUGUUCUGUACACACUUUGUUUUCAACAGUAGCUGCCAUUAAUUAUCUGAGACUCAUGCGGCCGACACUUAAACGUUUUACGUAAUAGCACAUGGAUUAUGUAGGUCUAUACGCAUACAUAUCUCGACGUAAAGUGCUACACGGAUUUAUGUACGAAGCCUCAUGAUGAUGCAAAUGUGGCGCAUAGUUACGUAAAAGUUUUGUACGUAAGUUACGAAUGCACAUAAACACACGUCACUAUGUAUAAGAGUGAAGUGUGCAUGUAUUUAAUAUCCCGAAAGCUGUUGUGUACAAACACAGUGUUGUUUUCCCAGACUGUGUGAAUUUUAAGUGAAAUCUAGUGUUUUCUUUUGUUUUAACUCGCUGUGAUUUACUGUGAACAGUGUACAGAAGUGCUGUUGAUGAUCUAGUCCAAGUACUGUGUUCUAUGGUUUAAUACUCCAAUUAAUAAAUUGUAGCGCUAUUUA